AUGUUUGGUAUUCCGAAGUUCUUUGGCUUUCGAGGCCGGGCCCUCAAUUUGGCUAUCAGUUCCCUCGGUAGCCUUGAUUUCUUGCUCUUCGGUUAUGAUCAAGGUAUUACAGGUGGUCUGCUAGACCUACCGUCCUUUAUCAAGUACUUCCCCGAUAUCGACAAUAUCGAUGAGACUAUCUCGGACGCCGUACGAUCCCAGCGCAGUUUAAACCAGGGUAUCGCGGUUGCAUCGUAUAAUCUAGGGUGCUUUUGCGGUUCUCUCUUGUGUAUUUUCAUUGGUAAUCCCCUCGGCCGACGAAAGACUAUCUUUUGCGGCUGCUUGACUAUGGCCACCGGAGCAUUGUUGCAAGCCACCUCGUUUCAACUACCCCAGUUCAUUAUUGCUCGCAUUAUCACAGGUAUUGGCAACGGCAUGAACACAAGUACCGUGCCGACAUGGCAGUCAGAGUCAUCGAAGGCCCAUGAUCGUGGUAAAAUGGUUAUGAUUGAGGGUUCGCUCAUCACGGGCGGCAUCUGCCUUAGUUAUUGGAUUAAUUACGGGUUUUCCUUCAUCGGCGAAUCAGAGGUGGCCUGGCGUUUCCCGCUAGCAUUUCAGAUUCUCUUUGCCAUUGUCAUUUUCACCUCUAUCAUUCAUUUGCCCGAGUCCCCCCGAUGGCUUGUGAUGCAAGGUCGAGAAGACGAGGCUUUAGAGAUUCUCGAGGCCCUAAAUGACAAACCUCGGGAUGAUCCUUAUAUCGUGAAUGAACUCAUAGCAAUUCGGGAAACGGUCAAGGAAAUGUCCAAGGGUUCUUAUCGGAGUUUGUUUGACAUGAGCGAAUAUCGAGAGUUCCACCGUGUGGUUCUUGCCUAUGUGAACCAGAUGUUCCAGCAGAUCUCUGGAAUUAACCUUAUCACAUACUACGCGCCGUCGCUGUAUCGUCAAAUUGGUCUUGGGCAGGGGAAUCUCCCAAAGCUAUUAGCCGCUUGCAAUGGCACUGAAUACUUCAUGGCUUCCUUUAUCCCUAUUUUCAUCAUUGAGAAAGUUGGACGUCGACCACUGAUGCUUUUCGGAGCUGCUGGCAUGUCGAUCUCCAUGGCGAUCCUUGCGGGCACCAACUAUCGGUUGACUCACCUAGACGAUAGCGGUGCUGGUAUCGGCCAGGCGGUGUUCCUAUUCGUCUUCAACACUUUCUUUGCCAUUGGCUGGCUUGGAAUGACAUGGUUGUACCCAGCAGAAAUAGUGCCGCUGCGAAUUCGUGCACCGACCAAUGCACUAGCCACGAGCGCCAACUGGAUCUUUAAUUUCAUGGUUGUGAUGAUUACACCAGUUUCAUUCGACAGCAUUGGCUACAAAACCUAUAUCAUCUUCGCUGUGAUUAACUUCUUUAUGUUCCCCGCCGUAUAUUUCUUCUUCCCUGAAACGCGCUACCGUUCCUUGGAAGAGAUGGAUGCCAUCUUCAAGAAGUCCACGAACGUCUUCAAUGCUGUUACAAUUUCCGUUAAAGAGCCCCACCGCUACGAUAAGCAUGGUCAGCUUAAGCCAGAGUACCUAGAGGAGGCCAUUCGCCGUGAGAGUGUCCGUCGCGAAAGCAUUAUUGGUGGGAGUGGUGACAUGCACGAGGCAGGUGAGAAGUUUGACAGCGACGAGAGUGCAAAUGAUAAACCUGAAGCGAUUGGAUACGAAGGCAAAUAG